CGAUGCCGCGGAGUGAUCCCCGUCGCUUGCGCGGACGCCGCUCCGCGAGGCAAUACGGGGACCACGACUAAUCACGAUAUUGCUAUCUCCGCGCAAUCCGUCAUUUCGGCAAGGUUAUGAUCGAUGACAAGUGAGGCAGCAAGUGGAGCCUUCCAACGUAUUCCAAUAACGUCCACAUGAAUCUGAAAGGAUCGUGGUUUUUAUUCAGCCAGUCGAUCACUUUUGAGCGAUUACAAACAGCUCUUCGAUCAUGUCUCAUCAAUUCGCACUACGGGCCGACCUCUUCGCUGCUCCCUCCAUUCCCACCAACGCAACCUUACCCGAUGGGUCAGUGGGAUUCUGGCAACCGACGGUGGUGACCCUAAUCUCCGGGCACUCCGAAGCCGCCCUCGUCGACACGCUCUUCACCCACGACCAAGGCGUAUCGCUGGGCGACUGGCUCGACGAGACCUUGAACGGCAAACGCCUGGCCACAAUCUACAUCACCCACGGCCACGGCGAUCACUUCUUCAACCUGCAAUACCUCACGCAGCGCUUCCCAGGGGUAGAGGUGGUCUCCACCCAAGCCUCCAUCGACCACAUGGCCACGCAAAUCACCCCUGAAUUUCAAGCCUUCUGGAAUGACCUCUUCCCCGGCCAAAUUGAUCCCGACUCCUUCCAGAUCCUAGCCAAACCCCUCAAGGAUAACAAGUUCACACUGGAGGGCCACACCUUCGAAGCCGUGGACGUCGGACACUCGGACACCGACGAGACAACAUUCCUCCACAUUCCGGAUUUGGAUAUGGUCGUCGCCGGAGAUAUCGUAUACAAUGACGUGCACAUGUGGAUGACGGAGUCGCCGGAGCAGCGGCAGCGCGAUGCCUGGCUGCACUCGUUGCGCGUGCUGGAGCGGUUCGAUCCCGCGGUGGUCGUGGCCUCGCAUCAUCGACCGGGCGGGGUGGAUGGCGCGUGGAACGUGCGUGCUUCGGUGGAAUACGUCCAGACGUAUAGCCGGUUAGUUCAGGAAUCGACCAGUGCGAAAGAGUUGUAUGUUAAGGCUGUGGCGGCGUAUCCGGAUCGGAUUGGGAGAUUGGUUUUGUGGCUGGGGUGCAAGGCGGUCUUUCCGGAUAAUAUCGGGGUGUAGAUUGGGAAUGGAUGGAUGGAAGCAGAUUGCGAUGAGGUGGACCUUGGGUUGAGAUACCUGGGUUCGAAGUGGGAGCGCUUCCCUCUGCCCCUAGAUCUUCAGCUAUAUGACUUCUGCC